AUGGGGCGCUAAUGUCAAUUGUCAGUGUGUGCAGUACUCAGUUGAAGGUAGUAUUUCAUCGGUAUAGGACGUUAUUUGAUUAAGACGUCGAGAUGAAUAUAUUGUUUGGCAAUUGCGUGGGAAGCUGCGAUCAACUGGCGGGUCCGCCGCCAGAUUUUAUUUUGUCGAUGCCCCCGCCUCCGUUGCCCUCGUUCCUAAUAUCGAAGCCCAGGCACAUCGAUGUUCUGCUGCCCUCAAACGAAUCGCAGCCCUGCUUUGCGGCCUUCAUGUGCGGCCAGAGCAGUCAGCACAAUGACAGCGGCAACGAGCUGAUGGAACUGGUGCGAAGCGAUUCCAAGGGUUUGGAGAAUGUUUGGUUCUUUGUGUCCUCGUGCAUUGGCAUCUUCGUGCUCGGCUGCUUCCUGGCGCUCAUCGUCAUCAGAUGCAGAGACACCUUCUUCUCGUACCACGAUGCAAACAUCAAGCAGACGGCCAUCAAUGCACUGGGCGAGGCCACUAAAUCGAAUGCAUUCACUUCUGGCGGCAUUCUCUAUCCGUGCGCCACGGCAAACAGUCGCGAUUUGCUCCAGAGCCAGCUGGUCAACGACAGUCGUCUGCUGUGGGCCACUCUAACGCCUCAUGGCACCCGACAUUUCAUCAUCGAGAACUCGCAGGAUGGGCACUAUGAGUCCGUCGACUAUCGCGGCAAGGCGCACAAUCAAGUCUUCCGCGGUUAUGCAAAGCAAUCGCAGUCUUUCGUUAAGUCCUUUGAUAACAAUGGUUUCGUUGACUACGACUACGAGGAUCCCACUCCGUUGAUGGACUCCUAUCAUGAUGACAUGGACUCGGGCUAUCAAGAGCCACAUGAGGUCACCGGUUCAUUGAAGCGUUCGCCACUUCGCACAUUGGCAUCGGGGUCAGUGUCGGUGUCGGUGUCGGGAUCGGGUUCAUCGCCCACAGCUCCACACGAUUAUAAUGCGAGUGUAUCAGCGAAUCAGGCGAAUCAGGGCAACUCGUUGUCCAUUAGCCGUAAGACAACGUUGUCGCGACGCAUCAGCGAUGCCUCAUCCCAUAAUGGCACCUCGAUGUAAGCUUGAUUAGUCGGUAUAGCAAUCACGUUAUGUAAAUUAAACAUGGAACAGGAAAAUGCAGCCAGUGUACGUCACCAAAACGAGAGAGAGAGAGAGAGAGAGGGAAAGAGAGAGAGAGUGAAAGUUGAGAGGCCUGUCGUCCAAUAAAUACAUCACAAUAAGAGACAAAUGACAAAUUAAAAGUUGGGCUCGGCAUGCCGAACAUUCAAAUACCCUGGCAGAGAGUGCAUUCCUACUAAAGUUGUUCUGAUGCAAUACCUCGAAAUCGAUUCGAGACUGUGUGUGUUCCUAUGACAGCUAUAGCAAUCCGAUCCGACGGAUCCAAAUCGACGGAUCUGCAUAAUAUUACAUUAAGAUAACGUUCGGAACUAAGAGUGUAGAUUACUUAGAUACAGACAGACAAACAUUAUUCUGCUUGGGUAUAAUAAUAAUGGAAUCAAUGAAAACUAACUACAAUAUGCAGUAUUUACGUAAUCUAAGGAAUCUACAUAUAGAACUCGCAUGUUGAAUAAGUCUAGAGUUGUGCUAAUUCUUACUUAACUGCUAAACACUAAUAUUGAAUCGCUAAAUAAUUCCAUAAUCAACACAUACUAUAACUAUAACUAUAACUACAUAUAACAUAACAUAAUAU